ACUGUAGUGAUAUUCUCACUUCUGCACAUACAUUGCUUCACCAAGAUGGAGAAAUUUGCAGGAACCUGGCGGCUAGUGGACAGCAAGAAUUUUGAUGAAUACAUGAAAGCUCUUGGAGUAGGAUUUGCUACCAGACAAAUUGGAAACGUUACCAAACCUACAACUAUAAUAAGCGUGGAUGGGGACAAAAUCGUAGUGCAGACGCAAAGUACCUUCAAAAACACAGAGGUCAGCUUUAAACUCAAUGAGGAAUUUGAUGAGAUCACUGCAGAUGAUCGGAAAUGCAAGUCACUGGUAACUCUAGAAGACGGGAAAUUGAAACAUGUGCAGAAGUGGGAUGGUAAAGAGACCAUCUUAAUAAGGGAGGUUGAUGGAGACAAACUAGUACUGAAUUUAACCUUUGGAGAUGUGGCCAGCUCACGUCACUACGAGAGAGCCUGAGGAACAGUCACAUUAUUGGUCUAUUACAUGUUUAAUUUGAUUAACAUCAAUUGUGUAUUUGCCAACAGAAGCCUUGAUAUUGAUCCUUUUUGUACAAUUACAAAAUGCUUGCACAGUUUGAAUUCAAGAACCCUCCUCCAUGCAAAAACCUUCAGUAUUACAACCUUCUCUGGUUCUCAAAUGGAGCAUUUCAAUCUAGAACAAAAUGUACUCAUACUGAAGAAACUGGUGCUUUUCAUUACACUCCUCAUAUUUUUAUAUUGUUUUAGGAACAACUUUGUUCAUAUUGCAUUUUGACAUGAGGGUAAAUUUCAUGAUUUAUUUUGUUUGAUUGCCCUGAUUAAAAGGAAAAAUGUCACUGUUUGUCAUCAAUUAUUUAUUUCCCAUUCAAAAAUACAAUACCAUGUGAGGACAGAAAACGUGUGCACAAAGCCUUGAUUCUCUACUUACGUGUGUCAAUGCUGUAUGCACAAAUGGGAGCUGCCAUAUUGCCUCCCUUGUUAACCAUGUCUGCUGUAUAACUUACUGUUCCAGUGUGGCUCACUAUUCCGAUGUCUGAACUGAAGCCUUUUACCUGAGAAAAGAAAAUACAUAGCUGAGCCAAGGAACUGACACUCAAGGCAAAACCAACCCUCUAGAGAAAGAAUGAGGAAAGAAAAAGGAAUCUAGUCUCAUGCCUGAAAAUAGUUGCAGCUUAGACAUGUGCUUAUGCUGUCUACUCAUAGUUCUGGUCCUGGAAAAUUACAUGAUUAUUAUGUAUUAGCAUCAGUAUUGAAUGCCUUGCCCUAACUGUUGCAAGGAUAAAACAGCUCCAACUAUUAUGGUAAAAAUAUACAGCUAACAAAAUAUAAAGUGUAAUGCACUCAGUAAGCUACGCCUUCAUGUGUUAUUCCUGAUUCAUUUAAAAGGAACAGUAACAUGAAAUUUUUUUUAUAAAAAAUUUGUUUGCCCUUAACGAAAAAAACCACCAACACACAUUUAACUUUACAUUCGCAAAGACUUUAUUAAGAAAUAUCUUACAGAUACUCCGCUUGCGCUCCACUUCUGAAAUGGCGACAUGGCAAAGAUCCAUCGGGCGGCGCUCGAGGAGAAAUUGAGCGCCGCCCGAUUUAUCGUCGCCAUGUCGCCAUUUCAGAAGUGGAGCAUAAGUGGAGUAUCGGUUAGAUAUUUCUUAAUAAAGUCUUUGCAAAUGUUAAGU